CAAGAAUUCUGGCGCUGUUUCACAGACGGUUACUUCUAGGGAAUUGUUGCACAACUGUAAGGCAAAUACAGCUCUCCAGACAACGCAAAAAUGAACUUGAACGUUGACAUUCAUAACGAUGCCUAUGCUCAAUGCUACAAGAGUUACCUCGAAAGAUCAAGCCAACGAGAUGCAGAUAAAUGUUGUCUACAGCAAAAAAUUCCAGCAGAAUUACAUAAGCUACAACUUGGCAAAGACAAGCCGAGGUUCAGCAUACUCAGUAUUGGGGCUGGAGAUGGUUUUUUUGAUCAGGAAAUGCUGAAGAUUGUGCUAGAAAAAUAUCUGAAUGCAGGCGACAAACAGUUGCAAGAAGUUGAGAUCCUGAAUGCAGCAGUUGAACCAAAUCCUGCGCUCCUUGGCCAAUAUAAAGAAUCCAUUGAAAGGUCAUCUGACGGGUCAAAAGGCCUUUCAAAUCAAAGGUCUGUUAAGUUUGAUCUGAAACUGAUGUCAUUCGAAGGAUACGCAGAGAGUAAACACGAUCAAAACCAGUAUGACUUGGUCCAUGCCAUACACAGUCUAUACUAUGUGGACAUAGAGUCUACAUUGAAGCAUUGCUAUCACAACGAACUGGGAGAAAAAGGAUUGAUUGUAUGCCUGCUUGGAGACAAUUCCAAUUUAACAGCAUUAACAAGUUUGAUCUUAGAUAAACAUCGCCCUGAAUGCCAAAGAAAGCCUUGGAGCAACCCGCCAGCAAAUGUUAUAAGCAUAGCGGAAAAGAAUUCGAUGAAGUAUGAAAAGGUGGUUGUUCCUUUCAAGGUUGACAUCACAAGCGUUUUCGAUGAAAGUUCUGAGGAAGGACGUCAGAUGCUCGACUUCUUCACGCACGAAAAUAAUUAUCGUCAAACAGCCGACCAAAAGGAGCUCAACGAGGUUUUGAAGAUGUAUCGAGAAAUUUCUACGGAAGAUGAUAAUGGAAAGUUGAUCGCAAACGGAACUCACGUACUGAUAUUGAUUUCCAAAAAUCUCCAAAAUCAUGUAAUUGUUAAUGAUGUGUAAUCAAAAUUUCAAUAAAAUCAAAACUGAUACUGCCUA